GUUGUAUUGCACCUUGUGUCUGCUCCCCUCCCCCCGCCAAAUCAGGUAUAGUGGUAUCGCCGACGGAGAGGGGCAACUGCCGUUGGAGCAGCGGUAGCGGCGCGUGGGGGGUGAAGCUAUCGGGCGCGGUGCAGGCCCUGCUGAGACUAACACGGCUGUUACUCUGAAACCUGUCAUACAUACCACAGUGAGGAAUGGGGAUACAGCCUGCUUUUCACGGCAGUGCGGAGCUAGAUGUGUAAUGCCUGUACUCUGCACACAGUGUUACUGCAAGAAAAUGAUUAUCCCGGUCAGAUGCUUCACCUGCGGCAAAAUAGUUGGAAAUAAGUGGGAGGCAUAUCUUGGCCUUCUGCAAGCAGAGUACACAGAAGGGGAUGCCCUGGACGCCCUAGGAUUGAAGAGAUACUGUUGCCGUCGCAUGCUGCUAGCCCAUGUGGAUCUGAUUGAGAAGCUCUUGAAUUAUGCCCCUCUGGAGAAAUAAGCAGUGGGUGGAAGGUUUCAUACUGCAGCCAUAUGGGCCAAAAAAGCACCACUAGCAAGCCUCCAACUGUACUGUUCAGGAGUUAGACAGAUGCAAGCCAAUGAAGGAUUUCACUUUCCAGCCACAGUACUGCCCCAGCCACUGAUCUCUUCCAAGGAAGCAUUUGAAAGAUGAAAUCCACUUACAGUCCAGUAUUGGAAUUUAAUUAAAAUGUGGACGGAAGAUUUUUUUGCAGCAGCCUGACAGUCAAGUAGGCAGUUUUCCUUCCCUCUUUUCUUUCCUUCAGUACUUUUAAGAAAUUUUCACCCAGUAACAGUAUUUAAUAAAGUUUUUUUAUGAAAUGUA